UGUAGGCUCGCAAUGAAGGCAGUCAUGCCAAGGUGGUUGCUACUGUUCUUAGCAUUGUUCAUCCUUUCAAACGAAGUUAAAGGCCAGAAGAAAACAAAACCUGCGAAUAAGACGAACAACCUCACGACAAGCGACGGCACCGUGCUGGUGUGCGCGCUGGAGAUCGCGUUCAUUCUGGACAGCUCGGAAAGCGCGCUGACAUUCCACUUCGAGCGAGAGCGAGAGUUCGUGCGCUCUUUCAGCCGUCGGAUCACGCAGUUGCAGGUGACCGGCUGGUAUCUUCAGACGCGCAUAGCUGCGCUCCAGUACAGCAGCUCCGUCUCCAUCGUCCAAAGCUUCGCGAACUGGCACGAUCUGGACACGUUUCUGAGUCGCAUCGACGCCAUGGCCUACAUCGGCCAAGGGACCUAUUCGUCUUACGCAAUCAGCAACGCCACCGAACUGUUCGUGCGAGAGACCAAAGAGGAAAACGUGAGGGUGGCGCUCCUGCUGACAGAUGGGGUCGACCAUCCUCGGAACCCUGACAUCAUAGCAGCGGCCGCCGAGGCCAAGAGUCACAACAUUAAGUUGUUCACAAUAGGUUUGUCCAGCAUGGUGCGUGACAGCCACAACCGUGCCAAGCUGCGCGCCGUGGCCAGCGCCCCCUCCCACCAGUUUGUACACAGCCUCAGUGACCCAGACCUGGAGGAGAGACUCCACCAGGAGCUUAAAUCAGUGGCGAAUAGUGAAUGUCCACGACUCCAGACAUGUUUGUGUGAGAAAGGAGACAGAGGACCUCCAGGAAACCCUGGUAAAAAGGGUGAACAAGGGCACCAAGGGCUCCCCGGUAUAAAAGGUCCAUAGGGAGAGCCUGGACCCGAAGGUCACCCAGGACCAGACGGCCGUGAGGGGCGACCUGGGUUCAAAGGUGAUAAGUGGGACAUAGGAGAAUGUGGCGCUCCUGGAGACAAAGGCGAUAAGGGCCUUCAGGGACCUCCAGGACCAAGGGGGGCCAGAGGAGAGCAGGGUCCCUGGGGACCACCAGGGGACCAAGGACUUGAAGGACAAGCAGGUCCCAAAGGGGACCGAGGACCAGCUGGUAGAGCAGGCCCUCAAGGAGACACUGGCAUCGGGUUCCCUGGUCCAAAGGGGGAGAAGGGAAUCCAGGGACAGCCAGGUCCAGGAGGUCCAGCUGGAAUAGGGGAAGCAGGUUUACCUGGUCCCCCGGGGCUACCGGGACCUCAGGGCUUCCCUGGUCCAACAGGGGAGAGCCUACCAGGACCAAAGGGGGAGCAAGGCUAUAACGGUUCUGUGGGAGCACGUGGACCUCCAGGUUUUGGUAUUAAGGGUGAAAAGGGCAGUGCAGGGCCUUCUGGGCCUCCUGGUCAAGUGGGGGUGCCUGGAUUGGGGUUUCAAGGAGAAAAGGGCAGUCAGGGACCCGUGGGCACUCCUGGACCCAGAGGGAUCCCAGGAAUAGGAAUCGUUGGUGAGAAGGGAGAUCGGGGCUUACCAGGAGAACGUGGACCUCCCGGACAGAAGAUUGUGGGAGAGCCAGGACCCAAAGGUGAUCCCGGCGCUCAAGGUGUAUUGGGCGAGCCAGGUGUCCCAGGGGACAAUGGACCUGUGGGAGCAAAGGGAGAGAUUGGCUUUCCUGGGCCUAGAGGACAAGAUGGAGCACCUGGUAGAGGUGUUCCAGGAGAUAAGGGGGACCGAGCUGAGAGGGGAAUGAGGGGCCUGCCAGGGCCUCCAGGGCCGAUGGGCCCAGUGGGGCCCAAGGGAAUACCAGGAGCUUUGGGACCUCCAGGAAAUAUUGGUCUACCAGGGAGGGGUAUUCCAGGUGCCAAGGGGGAUCUUGGACAACCUGGACCUUCAGGACCUGUUGGGGAACCAGGAAUAGGAAUCAUUGGGCCCAAGGGUGAAAGAGGUUUCCCUGGACCAGUGGGACACCCUGGGCUGCAGGGAGAUAGCGACCCAGGACCACCGGGUCCUCGGGGAAUGCCUGGACUAACAGGAGAGGCUGGCCCUGAGGGGAAAGGCUUACCUGGUCCAAAGGGGGACAGAGGCCCUCCAGGACCUCCUGGGCCACAGGGACCACCAGGCAUUGGACAAGCAGGCCCAAAGGGCUACGCUGGACGCACUGGUCUGCCUGGUCCCCCCGGGCUGCCAGGAGAGGGCAUCCAAGGUCCAAAGGGAGAGCCUGGAUUCCAGGGAUUAGCAGGACCAAGGGGAUCCCCAGGAGAGGGGCUUCCUGGGCAGAAGGGUGACCGUGGAUUCAGGGGGGAACGUGGAUCCAGAGGGGACCAAGGAAGUCCAGGGGAACCAGGACAGACAGGGCCAGUGGGUAGACCAGGACAAACGGGAGAACCAGGCCUUACUAGGGAAGAAGUUGUCAAAUUAAUCAAAUCAAUUUGUGGUUGUGGAAUAACAUGCAGAGUUAGUCCGCUGGACUUGGUGUUUGUGAUUGACAGCUCAGAGAGCAUCGGCCCAGACAACUUCGAAAUCAUGAAAGACUUCGUAAACUCUCUGAUUGACCGUGUGUCUGUCGGUCCGAACAAGACGCACGUAGGCACGGUGCUCUUCAGUCAUGUGACACUGGUGGUCAGCAGCCUGGACCACUCGUCUGACAGCAGUGACAUAAAAGCGGCGGUGCAUAGGAUGCCCUACAUAGGGGAGGGCACCUACACAGGAAGUGCCAUCAAUCAGGCCAAUCAGCUCUUCGUCUCAGCACGUCCCGGAGUUAGAAAAGUGGUGGUAGUGUUAACAGAUGGACAGGCCGAUAAACGUGACAUUGUGAGACUGGAGGAUGCCGUGAAGGAUGCCCGGAACACGGGCAUUGAAACGUUCGUCAUUGCCGUUAUGAAUCAGAGCGACCCUCUCUAUGGGGACUUCCAAAAAGAACUGGAGUUGAUAGCAUCCGAUCCAGACGAAGACCAUAUCUACCAAGUCAGCGACUUCAGCACACUUCCCGCACUUGAGGGUAAGUUGCUUUCUAAGUUCUGUGAGAGCAGUGAUCGAUUGCUAUUCAGUGGGACACUUGGCUCCAACCUUCUCCCCAACUCUGAAACCUCCUCCCACCCUCCGGAACCUUGGAGACGCCCAGACACCCCUAUGUUGAAUAGAGACCACAACAGGGAACACACGGAGGUGAGACGACUGUUACGGUUACAUACCUGACCUUUAUGGUCAGUUGUAUGACUGGAAGUGGACUAGGUGGAGAUUUGAGUGACACUGGGACUGAGUUGCCACAACACCUAAUUUCUCAUUUUGUUUAGAUAUUGUUUGCUUUUUUUAAUUAUUAUUUUUUUUUUUUCUCUUUUCAGGUUUGGUCCUGAAGAUUUUCGGAAAGUAUUAUAUAUUCUUGCUAGGCUUAGCAUUUUCCCUGUUCUUGAUUGUUUAUUUUUGAGUGUUUGAUUGUUUGGGGUUGGGUAACCUGUGCUUUGUUUCUACUUUAGAUUUUAAUCUAUAGGUAGAAUUUAAAGGGACAUUAUCUCAUUAUCUUGCAUGUCAGUACGGUAUGCAAGAAAAAGACACAGUACACCAAAGAGUAAAGUGUACAGUAAAAGUUACAGUUUAGCUAUGUAACGGCGAGUGGUUAGGAGGUGGAGGCAGGCGCCGAGAAGAGCGAGAUCCAUGAUUCUAGAAAAUCCAGAAUCGUAAUCCUCAGAAUUGUCCAGGGUCACAGCACCAACACGAAGCGUAGGGGAAUACAAGAUAAAAUAAAACGGAAACAAAACACACUAUGACAAAGGAGGAAGCAGGCUAUAACAAAGACAGAAGAAAUAAUAAGGACAAAUAAUGAAGACUAGAGAUAACAAACAGGCAGCGAAAACACGAGGCUAGGAAACGAACGAAGGCUAGUAGUAGCACACAGAGGCUAGUAUUUACCACAGUGCCCAGCCAAGACAACAGGGAACGAGACAGGCUUUAAAUAAACAUAUUUAUAUGAAUUUAAAAAGACACAGGUGCUACAAAUGAAGGGUGGAGAAAACGACACACGGAAGCAAAACAAAUGCACGAGGCAGGAUAAUGACUAGGAGGGGCCAAACGUGACAAGUUAUUUGUUAGGCAAUUCUGAUUCUAAAAUGUCAGAGAGAAAUGUGUCCCUGCAGGGUUGUGCUGCCAGUGCUAACCAAAUAAACAAAUUAAUUAGCGCAAAAAUAAAUGCAGAAAUAAAUAAAUAAAACAAAGUUCAUUCCAUGUUAAAUGAAAACAGCGAGUUGCU